CACUCUGUUGUUUAAGUCUGUAUCACAAAACAGUUCGCAGUGGAAAAAAAUGGCUGUGAAUCCUUACCGUUCCAACGUGUUGCGCUUCUGUUUUCCCCGUUAGGAGACAGUGGACACUUUAUGUCAGCACAAACCGGAUAUGACCGAAAACGACGAAGAAGAAGAACUUCCGUGUUGUUAGCUUAGCCUAGCAGGUCGUGCUGUCCGCGACUUGCCGUGAAGCUUUAGUCAGUUAAUGUGUAAAUGCUGUGGUUUUACAGGCGGUGUUGCAACUUUUUCACGCAGACUGGUGCACAGGCAGUUAAGAGUGACUGGGUUAUUUUAAUCCAAUCAAACUUUUGAAGUUUGUGCUAUGUAGAGCUGCACACCGGCUGUCUUCUCCUUUGUUGUGACAUUUCUGUUGAUUCAAUGGGGAAAAGGAAAGACAUGAUUCACCCCAGGUUUCUCGGUGAAAGUGGCUCUAGUCUGCACAGCGUUCACAAGCGGAAACACAAAAAACACAAGAAGCACAAGAGGAAACAUCACAGCUUUGCCGAGGCCCCUGAGCCUGAGCCUGUCAUAGUCCCUCGACCUCCUUCGCAGCUCCGGCUCAAGAUCAAGCUCGGAGGACAGACGCUGGGGACCAAAAGUGUUCCCACCUUCACCGUCCAUCCUGGUGUGGCUCGUCCUCCAUCACCACUGAUGAUCAUUGAUAAUGAUGUUGAUGAUGAUGACGAUGACGACGACGAAGAUGAUGAUGACGACGAUGAGCCCUCUGUGCCCCUGGAGCAGUAUCGGGCCUGGCUGGAUGAAGACAGUAAUCUGGCCACAUCCCCUAUGCCAGACAUGGAUUCAGACUCCAUGCUGGGCGGGCCCGUGGACGAGGAGGAGAGGUGGCUGGACGCUCUGGAGAAGGGGGAGCUCGACGACAACGGGGAGCUAAAGAAGGAGAUCGACGAGUCUCUGCUUACUGCCAGACAGAAAGCCCUGCUACACAAGCAGCAGAGUCAGCCUCUCCUGGAGCUCCCCAUGGGCUACAAGGAGAAAGAGAUGACUGCAGAGAUGAUGCAGAAGCGGGAGGAGCGCGCCCGAAAGAGACGUCUGCAGGCCGCCAAAAAAGCUGAAGAGAACAAGAACCAGACGAUAGAGAGACUGACAAAAACCAGCAAGGCCAAGAUCAAAAGCAUGAGAGAGAAGAAGUCCAAGCAGAAUCAGUGUCCCAUGGUUCGGUACAGCGACUCUGCACAGGGACUGGCCAUCAGCUUCCCCACAGGGGUCCCUGCUCCGGCCCCGACUUCUCCCUGUCCUCCACCUCCGGCCCCGGUGAGCUGCGGUGUGAGCGGCUGCACCAACCUCAAGAAGUACUCCUGCUCAAAGACCGGAGUUCCUCUCUGCAGCCUCGAGUGUUACAAGAGGAACCUGCUGCUGGUGCAGAGCGCAGCUUGAACCUCCAAACGGGGAUAUCGUGCAGGACGGGGGUUCUUUUUGUAAGACACUGGGAUGUGAUGAUGGUGCAAACAAGUGGUCAUAAAACUUGGUGAAAUUGAUGCACCUUGGACACAAAUACGGUGGGUAUGUUUGGAACUGUGCACAGAAAUCCAUGAUUCCAUGUGCAGUGGGGGGCGACGACGUUUUUUCUUUUAAAUCAUGUCUUCUGUUGUGUUUGUAGCUGUGUCAUAAUCAGUUCAUUGCAGUGAUACUCAACAAUUCAAUUAUGUACAAGAUAAAAAUGAUCAACAUAUGUGAACCAGUAAAUUAAACAUUAUUCAGUAUUUAUAAUUUCUAGAGCAGCUCAUUAUAAAAAAUACUUGUUUCAACUAUUUUGCUAAUAAUGUAAAAAAGAUUUGGCAGAAUACAUCAACAGCAAUUAAAUUUGUCCUGAAACAAAA